AUGAAAUUCUCACUCGUCCUCGCCGGCCUCGUGGCCCUCGUCGCCGCAGCCCCCGUGGAAAAGCGGGCCGUCUUCUCGACCAAGACGUACAACCAGCUGUCCAUCAGCGGCGGCGUGGCCGGCAACGCGCAGAAGGAGGCCCUGGCCGUGCUCAAGGGCCUGCCCGCCGACCUCACCAAGGUCGAGAAGGCCGACCUCAACUUCCUCAACAGCGUAAACCAGAUCGCCAACGAUGCCGAGACGGAGGCCUUCAACCCGCAAAUUGCCGCGGCGUCGGGCACUAAGGCCGCUGCGCUCCAGCGCGGGAAAAUCAAGAACAAGGUCCUCAAGCUCACCGCCACCAUCCUCAAGCUGCAGGCCCAGGCGGCCCAGGGGCAGAACGUCGCGUCGCAGCUGGCCACCGAGCAGAAGAAGCUCGACAACAACAUCUCGCAGGACAAGGCCGCGGCCGGCCAGGCGUCGACGGCGCUCAAGUUUGACGCCACGACCAAGUCGUGA